AUGACGGAAUACACUAGGCCACCCCUUGAUCCAAACUUGGUUAAAUUUUCCGAAAAGAAUGACUACGAUUCCUUGGCAAAAUACCUUGUUGGUAAUAAUUUACGUUUUCGUGAAAAUAUCAUAAUACCCAGAAUUUUGGGACCGGUCAUAAUUAAAACUAACGAGGAGAAAAUGAUCGAGUCUACUAUUGAGAGCUGUCCUUUUAAGUCUGUGACUAGCUGCAUCAUUGGUUAUGGCCUCGGUGCAGUGGUUGGUCUUUUUACAUCAUCGUUAAUGCCUAACGUUACUGAUCCUACGGCACAACAAAACCAAACUGCCCGUGAAAUACUGAGGGAAAUGAAAAAUUCUAUGCUAAGUUACGCCAAGAACUUUGCCAUACUCGGUGCUGUGUUCUCUGGAGUUGAAUGCUGUAUUGAGACAGCUCGUGGCCGGUCUGAUUGGAAGAAUGGAACUUAUGCUGGAGGUGUGACAGGUGGACUGAUAGGUUUAAGAGGUGGCUUGAGAGCCGGCUUAUUCGGUGCAGCAGGUUUCGCAGCAUUCUCCACAGUGAUAGACUAUUAUAUGCAUCAACGCAAUUCAUAA